CUUCUAUAUAUUCAGUGAGGUAUAUAACAAUUUCUAUAUAUAUAUAUCACACAUUAGCAACAAUAAUAUAAUAAUGGCAAUAUUAAAAGCUGGCAGUAGUUUGAAAAAAUUAGAAUAUUAUUCAGUUAUAUCGAAAGUUUCUGAAGAAAUCGAAUCCCAUUUAGGUAUUGUUGAUAAAACUCUAGCUGAAUUUGUCACAAACUUAGGCCGAAAAUGUAAAACUGUCGACGAAUUCGAUCAUAAGUUAAAGGAAAAUGGGGGUGAUCAGAUGCCUGCUUAUUUAGUGAGUACUUUGUUUACUGUAACCCAUACGAUUUUGUCUCGUAAGGACUCUACUCGGGUUAAAGGUGAUAAUGUGGGUCGAAAAGUUACAGAAAUCGAUAAUUGUAAAGAGGUUAGGGAUGAUGUUAGGAAGAAAGAAUGUCGUAUUUUGUAUGAUGACGAUGAGCAAGAAGAAGGUGGAGAUGAUGAAGAGGUUGAAGUUGUGUUGAAUGAUGAAAAACCGGCGUUUUUGUCAGGUUGUCGUUUGAUGUUGGAUAUGUCGCCGGUGAAGGUGGUAAAAAACCCUGAGGGAUCUUUGAGUCGAGCUGCUGCUAUACAGUCGGCGUUGAUCAAAGAAAGGAGAGAAGUUAGGGAGCUGCAGCAAAGAGGAAUGUUUGAUUCUAUACCGAGAGAUUUGAAUCGUCCAUGGGAAGACCCCAUGCCUGAGUCAGGGGAGAGACAUUUAGCACAGGAGUUAAGGGGAGUCGGGUUGCCUGCAGAUUUUGACAUGCCUGAAUGGAAGAAAGAUUCUUAUAGUGGUAAAGCAGCGUUAACAUUUGGUCAAAGAUCCAAGUUUUCUCUCCAAGAACAAAGACAAAGCUUGCCUAUAUGUAAAUUGAAGAAUGAAUUGGUUCAGGCUGUGAAUGAUAACCAGGUUUUGGUUGUUAUUGGUGAAACAGGCUCAGGGAAGACGACUCAGGUGACUCAGUAUUUAGCUGAAGCAGGUUAUACUGCAAAGGGUAAAAUAGGAUGUACCCAGCCCCGAAGGGUGGCUGCAACGUCUGUGGCCAAGAGGGUGGCUGAGGAGUUUGGUUGUCGUCUAGGGGAAGAAGUUGGAUACUCAAUUCGGUUUGAGGAUUGUACUGGGCCAGAGACUGUGAUCAAGUACAUGACCGAUGGGAUGUUGUUGAGGGAAAUUCUGGUCGAUCAAAACCUAUCUCAAUAUUCAGUGAUAAUGCUUGAUGAAGCUCAUGAGAGAACAAUGCAUACCGAUGUCCUCUUUGGGCUGUUAAAAGGCCUUGUCAAAAGAAGACCCGAUCUUCGAUUAAUUGUGACUUCCGCCACAUUAGAUGCUGAGAAGUUUUCUGCCUAUUUCUUUGACUGCAAUAUCUUCACAAUCCCUGGAAGGUCAUUUCCGGUGGAGAUACUUUACACCAAACAGCCGGAAAGUGAUUAUGUUGAUGCAGCUUUGAUUACUGUAAUGCAGAUCCAUUUGACAGAACCUGAGGGCGAUAUACUUGUCUUUUUGACCGGCCAGGAGGAGAUCGAUCAUGCUUGCCAGUGUUUAUAUGAGAGGAUGAAAAGUUUGGGUAAAAAUGUGCCCGAAGUGAUCAUAUUACCGGUAUAUAGUGCCCUUCCUAGUGAAAUGCAAUCCAGGAUUUUUGAACCUGCACCACCAGGGAAGAGAAAGGUUGUUGUUGCCACUAAUAUUGCUGAAGCAUCUUUGACCAUUGAUGGGAUCUUUUAUGUCAUUGACCCUGGUUUUGCCAAGCAGAAUGUGUAUAACCCGAAACAAGGUAUUGAAUCACUUGUCAUUACUCCGAUAUCUCAGGCAUCAGCUAAGCAACGAGCUGGGCGUGCAGGCCGUACAGGACCAGGAAAGUGCUACAGGUUAUACACCGAGAGCGCAUUUAACAAUGAAAUGUCGCCUACUUCAAUUCCAGAAAUUCAAAGAACAAAUCUUGGAUUGAUUACAUUAAAUUUGAAAGCAAUGGGGAUAAAGGAUCUAAUGUCUCUCGAUUUUAUGGACCCACCUUCCCCUCAAGCUCUGAUUUCUGCACUGGAACAGCUCUAUACUCUUGGAGCUCUUGAUGAAGAAGGGCUUCUGACCAAACUGGGUAGAAAAAUGACCGAAUUCCCUCUGGAACCUCCAUUAUCUAAAAUGCUCUUAGCUAGUGUUGAUUUGGGUUGUAGUGAUGAAAUAGUGACCAUCAUUGCCAUGAUUACAACCGGAAACAUCUUUUACAGACCUCAGGAAAAACAAGCCCAAGCCGAUCAAAAGAAAGCCAAGUUUUUCCAACCUGAAGGAGAUCAUCUUACUUUGCUUGCUGUUUACGAGGCUUGGAAAGCCCAGAACUUUUCGGUACCAUGGUGUUUCGAGAAUUUUGUUCAGUCAAGAUCGCUUAGGAGGGCCCAAGAUGUCAGGAAGCAACUUUUAUCUAUUAUGAACAAAUACAAGUUGGAUAUUGUGAGUGCCGGAAAGAACUUCACCAAGAUACAGAAGGCGAUUACAGCCGGAUUUUUCUUCCAUGCUUCCCGGAAAGAUCCUCAAGAGGGAUACCGUACCAUAAUUGAGAACCAGCCGGUUUACAUACACCCAAGUAGCACUCUUUUGCAAAGACAACCAGAUUGGGUUAUCUACCAUGAGCUAGUGAUGACAACAAAGGAAUACAUGCGUGAGGCUUGUGUUGUGGAUCCAAAAUGGCUAGUCGAAUUGGCACCAAGGUUCUUCAAGGUGUCUGAUCCCACAAAGAUGUCAAAACGUAAACGACAAGAAAGGAUCGAGCCUCUAUAUGAUAGGUAUAAUGAACCCAACUCGUGGCGUUUGAGUAAGCGACGGGGUUGAAGGUGGUUUAUCAUGAAUUGUACUUUGUAAUGUUUUCUUGAUUUCUUAUUGUACCAAAUAGACAUGCAUGGUUGUAAAUAUUAUUUGGAGUAAUAUAUUUCACGUUCUCACCAAAAA